GGCUGCAGAGGCACAGUCCAACACUCCAACCACUAUGCCAUGAUGGCUGCUUUAUCUGUAUGCAAAGUCAGGAUUGUAUGCAGGUUAAGUGCACCUAAGCCUUUGCAGUGCUACCAACUUACCAAGACUGUUGGGUUUUGAUUGAAAAUCAAGGAUGGAAAACGAGUGGUGGCAAGAUGAACUUGCAGCUGAAAUCCAUGAAACUUUGAGGGAGAAGGAGCUGGCACUGCCCCCAUACAAGUCCCUUUCACCACUAAUUUGGAUGCGGCGCUAUUUUGCCGACUUCUUGUCCCUCCUCAGCAAGCGCUAUGAACUCUGUCCCUUAACCCGGCACCUUGCUGUUUACUUGCUAGAUCUCUUUAUGGACUGCUAUGAUGUUAAUGCCAUACAACUAUAUGCCAUCUCAGUUGUUUGCCUCCUCCUUGCAAGCAAAUUUGAAGAGAGGGGAGACAAAGUGCCUAUGUUGGAAGAACUGAACGAACUUUCUCACAGGCUUGGCCUUGGUGUGAUACUAACAAAGAAAGAGCUGCUGAAAAUGGAACUGUUGCUCCUGAAAACAAUCAACUGGAAUCUGUGUCUGCCAACGCCAGCACACUUCAUUGAUUACUACCUCCAUGUCUCUGUUACUGCUGCUGACCGACACAAUGGCUGCCGAAUCACAUCCAAGGCUGAAGCCAGAUAUUACAUAGAAAAUUACGCUCAUUACUUUUUGGAAGUCUCACUGCAAGACCAUGCUUUCCUCGCUUUCCGGCCUUCUGUGGUUGCUGCUGCUUGUGUGGCAGCCUCACGCAUCUGCCUCAAAAUCACACCCAGUUGGCCCAUACUGCUCCACGUGGUCACACAAUAUUCUUGGGAAUUUAUUGCUCCGUGUGUUGAUCUCAUGCUUGCAGCCCAUGAUAAAGACAUCAGAGCAGCCAAGAAGGAAAAAGAACAAGCAGUGCUACUUCAGCAGCAGCAACAUAUGGAAAGCCUUACCUUCCCGAUCCCAGCUCAGGUUCUGUUCCAGCCUUUGCCCUGCUAUUAUCCUCAGGCUCAGCACCAGAAUGUUCCCACUCAUUUCCAAUCUCCAAUGCAGGAUCUGUUUGCAGUUUACCAAGCAUCUUUACAAGCUCCUCGAUCGAGUAGCCUUGCCUCAGGAAAUAGCACUUCACCACCUUCUGUCUCCACUGCACAGGCCACUGCUGAGAUGGUUCCAUUUCAAACCACACCCAUUCAAGGGCCUACAGUCACUAUGCAGGUAGACAUCUCGGAGGAUCCAGCAUACUAUCUGUCUUUGGUCCUUGGUAAUAGCUUUUUCAGCACUUAGGAUUCGAGCACAGCAGGUUGUCUUCAAGAUGAGCAAAGUCAGUGAGCAAAGGCCAAAGGAACAUGAGAGAAGAAGGCACUAUGGCCUGUUACAGAUUGCCAAAAUAAAGCUGCUUCGGGUC